AUGCAGCACGUCAAGCGCGGGCAGCAGCAGCAGCAGCAGCAGCGAAUCGUGCUCUCCAGAACUGCAAUGAGUAUGGCAAGGGCACCAGUGGUGCGUUCUUGGGGUGCGACAGGUCAAGUUUCUGAACUAUGGAGAGACGCGCUCCAGCGGGAUAACCGACUAUCUGGCCCGGUUAUGAGGCUGCUGGGUGUACGGACUCAGGUUGCCAGCAUUCUGUCGUUCGCGGCACCUGUCUUGCAGCCGAGCUCGAUAUCGGAGACCAGUUUCCCGCGUACUCUAGAAACAUGCAGGACAAAGGCGAUAUGCUGGUUGAGCGUUCGGGCGGCUGCAUGUACGGCAUCGUCGUCGUUCGGCUCGAAACGCAAAAACAUGAUACAGCGGAACUGCGACCGCUCCGCACCGCUGUUGACUGUUGCAGCUGGAUGGUCAAUGCAGAGGAACGCCAAAAUCAUGUUUUUGGGUCCCAGGACGCCUUUCAGAAAGCUUACCACUGUCGGGGUGGUGCUACUCAAGGCCACCGCUCCGACCGAGCAGAAAGAGACCCAACCGCUGUGGUAUACAGGUGUUAUUCGGAGGAAUCGUCCAGAGGCUGAAGAUCUCUUCCUUCUGGAGUGCGUUGUUCCCCAGGAAAUCGUCACGAGUUAUCACGUACCUGGUCAGUAUGUGAUGCUUCGACGCGAUUCGAUGCAAGCGAAACCGGGUUUCUUCUCGAUAACCUCACCACCGCAUCAUCAUCCUGACGCCGCAGACUGUAUCGAACUGCUGGUGAAACAGGUAGAUCGAACGCGUUGGCUAUGCGCUUUAACGCCUGGAUCAUCGGUGGAGGUCACAGUGGCGCAGGGCUCGGGCUUCGCGCUCCGGUCUGAUACCCGUGACGCUAUCCGACAUGUGCUGCUCUUCGCGACUGGAAGCGGUAUUGCGCCAAUCCGAGCGGUAUUGGAGGAUGAUCGCUUUUUGGCUCAUAUGGAUUCCGUCAAGCUUUACUAUGGAUGCCGCAACCUGCACCGAAUGGCCUACCAGGAACGCUUUGCACAAUGGCAACAGGAGCGCGGUGUCCAGGUGGUUCCCGUCUUGAGUCAACCGGACACCUCCUGGACAGGCGAACGCGGUUACGUUCAGCACGCGUUAGAACGGGACGGUGUGCAGACGCCUCCUGAGCAAACACUCGUGUUUUUGUGCGGUCUCCCGGGAAUGACGUCAGCAGUAGAAGCGUACCUCUUGAAGCAGGGCUUGAAGAAGCAACAUAUUCUCUAUAACUUUUAA